AAUUCGACACGGAUCCACGGGCCGCGUAUUUCCGCCAGGCAGAGGCCGGGAUGUACGUCCGCAUGGCCCUUCUAGCGAUGGUCCUCGGCCGCGUCUGAGAAGCGGCCGUCGCACACCUUCUUUUGGGCGUUGUGUUCGUCUAUUUGUUGUUAUGGUGCGACGUUUCUGUUUGCGCACCUCUCGCACACCUCACGUGUGUGGACAUUUGAAUUCGUCGAGCGUCGGGACACUUUUUUACUCUUUGGACACACUGCUACGCUCCCUUCUCUCGAAAUGAUCGGCCGUGGUUUGCGUUUCCUGUAUAUUGUAUGUUGUUUAGCGCGUAAUAUUGGCGGCACUGGGCACUCUUUACAUAGGUUUCGUGUACUGAAUUGGGGGUAGCAGUUUUAUUUGGUGCGUGUUAUACUUUGCAAUUGUUAGAUUGGUGGCACCGAUGCUGUGAAUUUUUCUCACCCGAACAUUUGUCGCCGCUAUGAUGAUUACAUUGCCUACUUUAUUGUGAUUGUUAAAUUGGGGUGGCAACGAUGCUGGGAUGAAUUUUCCUCGCCCGAACGUUUGUUGGCAACACGAUGACUGCACCUGCUAACAUUUUAUAGUUUUGUUUGCAGUGGGGUUUGUGUUGUUAAAAGCACAGCCUUUUCUCUGAGUGUUUAAGCGAGUUCAAUCUUGAAAAAUUUAGUCGUGGCUACAAGUUCACUCCAGGAGUUUAAAGUGGGCUAUAAUCAAGCACACAUAAAUAAUAGGUUUGCACUUUAUUAAACAGUAAACGUCUACUCUAGCCAGUUAUUUUUGGAGACAAAUUUACCAGGUGAUUCUACUGCUAGUAUGUUCUAUACAGAUCUGAGUCUACAUAAAUUAAUUAAAUGAUGAUUGCAAGUUUCCAUACAUUGAUUGAUAUUGAUUUAGAUGUGCCAUAUUAAUGAGAAUAAAAUGCCUUGUUUUUGUUGUUUUGUGUUUUUUAUUUUUUUAUUUUUUCUGUAAUCAGAUUCAGUGCCAUUUCCAUUCAGAAUUUGUUGCAGAUAUUUCUACGCAGGUGCUGGAAUAAAAUAUAUAUAUUUUUUGUAACGUCAAUAAAACAAUUGCAGAACGCAAAUUGUUUCAUGGCUUUUUUAUGUCUGACUUCCUUUACGUUAUAUUUUGUUCCGAAGACUGAUCGAUUCCAGUGCCAAGAAAUGGGUGCAGCUUCCGCCCUUUUGUUCCAACGCGUCACUCUUUAUUCCCGCGUAAAACCGGGAAGCGCGCGCUGCUUAUUACGUCAUCAUGACGUCUGUGCACGUGAUCGCACAUGUGACCGCCGCCGCAGAGGGGCUGAGGCUUGACUGUGUUGAUGCGUGAGUCAUUCCGUUUAAAAGCUGCAAUCUCUUCACCGGCCCUCUGGCUGCAUCUAGUUCAAGAAGCACCUGUGAUAAAGCUGAAAAAAUGAGCCUGUAUCCGACGCUGGAGGACAUGAAGGUGGAUCAUAUGAUUCAGGCGCAGACGAGGCCAAUGCCGUCGUCUGCUCCCCCGGGAGCCCCAGCGCCGUCUGCUCCCCUCCCGUAUGCCCUGUAUCCGUCUAGCGGUGCAGGUGAGGCACCAGGCAUGGGGGACAAGUUCCAGGCGCUCUACCCGACCCUGGACGACUACAUGGGUAUCUCCCUGUCACGUGACCUCCCGCCCGAAAUGGCUGCCCUGGCCGUGCGACCUCCGGCCCACGUAGCUGUACCGCAGACGGGUGCCAGUCGCCUGUCUACGAUGGUGGCCCCCGUCUCGGGCUCCUCGGUGGGGCUGAGGAGGGCCGAAGUGAGCCACGGGAUCCGGGAGGUCGUCCUCUGCAAGGACCAGGACAAGAAGGUUGGCCUGCGCCUCGAGUCUAUCAACAAGGGCAUCUUCGUGGUGUUGGUUCAAGCCAACAGCCCUGCUGCCAUGGUGGGCCUGCGAUUUGGGGAUCAAAUUCUGACCAUCGACGACGAAGUGGUCGCCGGUUACUCCGUGGACAAGGUUCACAACAUGAUCCGCAAGGCCAAUCCAGAAUGCAUCGUCAUGGCCGUCAGGGACAGGCCGUUUGAGCGCACGGUGACGAUGCACAAGUCCAGCACGGGCCAUAUCGGCUUCGCCUUCCGUGACGGCAAGAUCAUCUCGCUGGUCAAGGACUCGUCGGCCACGCGGAAUGGACUCCUCAUCGACCACCAGCUUCUUGAGGUGAAUGGGCAGAAUGUCGUUGGCAUCAAGGAUCCCGAGAUCACGCGCAUCAUCGAGAGCGCCGGCAACGUCAUCACUGUGACCGUGAUGCCAUCCUUUAUUUACGACCACAUGAUCAAACACACCUCGGGAAGCAUCCUGAAGAAGCUGAUGGACCACUCGGUUCCAGACAUAUAAGCCGCGCCUCUAUCCGAAGCGACGCCCCCCACACUUUGCUCCGCAGGCAGAAUUCCUAACUGACGCAGUGCCUGCUUUUACCUACCCUCCCUUCGCCGUUGUUACGCCGACAGCGCCCCGCGCGCCGGUUUUGUUGACAGGCUGUCCCCUGCUGAAGUGGAGCAGUAUGUAAAUUACGCUAUAUUAUACCACUGUACAUCGCUGUAUUAAACUGUGCUGUGCUUUUUUU